CAGUAGGCCGUAAGAGGAGGAAAUCAGGGUGGAGGAAUGUGUUCAGGUGUAUGAAAUUGAAGGCUGAGCUUCAAGCAGUCGUUCGUGCUGCGCUCCAGCCAGAGAUACAAAGAAAGUUCUCCGUGUCACUGCCCUUUGGUGGGAUAACUGAGGGCGGUAGCAGCCCAGCCUUCCUCCUCAGUGCCCCACCAGAAUAAGAGCACCAUCCAUGGAGUGCUGACUUUCUCUGCCGUAGCUGUGGAGCCUGCAGCCAGGAGGGAGGAGAUUUUGAUGUCAGUCAUUUAGAAGAAAAACGACACUCUACCCCACGUUGUAUUCCUGUCCUUGGCUUUCUUUGACAGGAGGCUCAAGACUGACUGGUUCUUAUUUCCAGUGAGAACAAGAUUGUGAAUGACGUGAGGCUGCCGCUAGAAAUGACCCUCUCCAUGGACUCGUGUUGGCACCGAUGGCAGUGGCGAGUCCAAGAUGGCACCCCCAAGUCUCCGUCAGAAACCACCCCACUGCUGUCUUCACUGAGGGAGAGGCAGAGCUCGGGCCUGCCUUUGCAGCGGAUUGUGUUUCCCAACAAUGGCAUGUGCUACCAGGACUGGGAGAAGCUAUCCGGGAAUUACGCAGGCAACAAGAUCUGUACCACCAAGUACACGCUCCUCACCUUCCUACCUCAGAAUCUCUUCGAGCAGUUUCACAGGUGGGCUAACCUGUAUUUCUUGUUCCUGGUGAUUCUGAAUUGGAUACCAUCCAUGGAAGUCUUCCACAGGGAAAUUACCAUGUUACCUUUAGUCAUUGUCCUGUUCUUCAUCAUGGUUAAGGAUGGCAUGGAGGAUUUCAGGAGAUACCGUUUUGACACAGAGAUAAAUGGUUGCAACAUUCAAAUAUAUGAAAGGAGAGAGCAGAGCUUCGUGCAGAAACGGUGGAAGGAUGUGCGUGUGGGAGACUUUGUCCAGAUGCAGUGCAAUGAAGUCAUCCCUGCAGACAUCCUGCUCCUCUUCUCCUCAGACCCCAGUGGGAUCUGCCACCUAGAAACUGCCAACCUGGAUGGAGAGACGAACCUGAAGCAAAGAUGUGUGGUGAAGGGCUUCUCACAGCAGGAGGGACGGUUCCAGCCGGAGCAUUUCCACAACACUAUUGUGUGUGAAAAACCCAACAACCACUUCAACAAAUUUAAGGGUUACCUGGAGCACCCUGACCAAACGAGGACUGGAUUUGGCAGUGAGAGUCUUCUGCUUCGAGGCUGCACCAUCAGAAACACCGAGGUGGCUGUUGGCAUUGUCAUCUACACAGGCCAUGAGACAAAAGCCAUGCUGAACAACAGUGGCCCCCGGUACAAACGCAGCAAAAUUGAGCGGCGUAUGAACAUGGACAUCUUCUUCUGCAUCGGAAUCCUCUUCCUCAUGUGUCUCAGCGGAGCCAUAGGUAACAGCCUCUGGAAUGGGACCUUUAAAGAACGCCCUCCAUUUGAUGUGCCCGAUGCCAAUGGUGACUUCCUUCCCCCAGCCCUUGAGGGCCUCUACAUGUUCCUCACAAUGAUCAUCCUGCUGCAGGUGCUGAUCCCCAUCUCUCUGUAUGUGUCUAUUGAGAUGGUAAAGCUUGGGCAAGUGUUCUUUCUGCACAAUGACCUUGACCUGUACGAUGAAGAGUCUGAUGUGCCCAUUCAGUGUCGAGCCCUCAACAUCACAGAGGACCUGGGCCAGAUCCAAUACAUCUUCUCUGACAAGACAGGAACCCUGACAGAGAACAAGAUGGUCUUCCGACGUUGCACCAUCAUGGGCAGCGAGUAUUGUCACCAAGAAAAUGCCAAGCGACUAGAGACCCCAAGGGAGAUGGACUCAGACAGUGAAGAGUGGACCCAGUACCAAUGCCUGUCAUUCCCAGCAAGACGGUCCCAGGGGCCAGCAACAUUGAGAAGUCAAGGAGGUACCCAGCCUCUGAGGAGAUGGCACAGUGCCCGGGUGCCCAUGCAGGGUCACUCCCGACAAAGAUCUGUGGGGUGCUGGGAAACAUCACAGCCUCCUGUGGCCUUCAGCAGCUCCAUAGAAAAAGAUGUGACUCCAGAUAAAAAUUUACUGACCAAGGUGCGAGAUGCUGCCCUCUGGAUAGAGACCUUGUCGGAUGCCAAACCUACCAAGACUUCCCACUCCACCACCUCGUCCAUUGCUGACUUUUUCCUUGCCCUAGCAAUCUGCAACUCCGUCAUGGUGUCCACAACUACUGAGCCAAGACAGAGGGUCACCAUCCCGCCCACCACCAAGGUCCUGGGGACAUCCCUGGAGAAGAUCCAGCAGCUCUUCCAGAGGCUGAAGCUCCUGAGCCUCAGCCAGUCAUUCUCAUCCACUGCACCAUCCGACACAGACCUGGGAGAGAGCCUCAGAGCCAAUGGACCCAACAUGGACUCAGAUGAGAAAGAUGAUACAUCUGUGUGCAGUGGCGACUACUCCACAGAUGGUGGCUACAGGAGCAGCACCUGGGAUCAGGGUGACAUCCUGGGGUCUGGGUCGGGGGCUUCCUUGGAGGAGGUACUGGAGGCCCCAGACCUAGACCUGGCCACACCUGAGCUCUGCUAUGAGGCUGAGAGCCCUGACGAGGCUGCUCUGGUGCAUGCUGCCCAUGCCUACAGCUUCACACUGGUGUCCCGGACCCCUGAGCAGGUGACCGUGCGCCUGCCCCAGGGCAUCUGCCUCACCUUUGAUCUCCUCUUCACCUUGGGCUUUGACUCUGUCAGAAAGAGAAUGUCUGUGGUGGUGAGGCACCCACUGACCCAGGAGAUCAUCAUCUACACCAAGGGGGCUGACUCAGUCAUCAUGGACCUGCUGGAAGACCCAGCCUGUGUGACUGACGUUAACAUGGAAAAGAAGAUGAAGAGAAUCCAAGCCAGAACUCAAAAGCAUCUGGACUUGUAUGCAAGAGAUGGCCUGCGCACCCUGUGUAUCGCCAGGAAGGUCAUAAGUGAAGAAGACUUUCGGAGUUGGGCCAAUGUGCGGCGCCAGGCCGAGGCAUCCCUUGACAACCGAGAUGAGCUUCUAAUGGAGACAGCACAGCAUCUGGAAAAGCAACUCACCUUACUCGGGGCCACUGGGAUCGAAGAUCGGCUACAGGAAGGUGUUCCAGACACCAUUGCUGCUCUACGUGAGGCUGGGAUCCAGCUCUGGGUCUUGACUGGAGACAAGCAGGAGACAGCAGUCAAUAUCGCCUAUGCCUGCAAACUCUUAAGUCAAACGGACACCGUUUACUCUAUCAAUACAGAGAGUCAGGAAACCUGUGAAUCCAUCCUGAAUUGUACAUUAGAAGAAGUAAAGCAAGUCUACCAACCACAGAAGCCAAACCACAACUCCUUUGCAUUCUACCUACCUUCCAAGACACCAUCCACUACCUCCAGAGCUAUAGUUCAAGAUUCUGGAUUGGUCAUAGAUGGAAAGACAUUAAAUGUCAUUUUCCAAGGCAAGCUGGAGAAGAAGUUCCUGGAGUUGACUCAGUACUGCCAGUCCGUCCUGUGUUGCCGUUGCACCCCACUCCAGAAGAGUAUGAUUGUCAAGCUGGUGCGAGACAAGUUGAGCGUGAUGACCCUUUCCAUAGGUGAUGGAGCAAAUGACGUAAGCAUGAUUCAAGCUGCUGAUAUUGGAAUUGGAAUAUCUGGACAGGAAGGCAUGCAGGCUGUCAUGUCCAGUGACUUUGCCAUCUCUCGCUUCAAACACCUCAAGAAGCUGUUGCUUGUGCAUGGCCACUGGUGUUACUCACGCCUGGCCAGGAUGGUGGUGUACUUCUUCUACAAGAACGUGUGCUACGUCAACCUGCUCUUCUGGUACCAGUUCUUCUGUGGCUUCUCUGGUUCCACCAUGAUAGACUACUGGCAGAUGAUAUUCUUCAAUCUCUUCUUCACCUCUUUGCCGCCCAUCGUCUUUGGAAUCCUUGAUAAAGACGUCUCUGCAGAAACACUCCUGGCGCUGCCCGAGCUGUACAAGAAUGGCCAAAACUCUGAGUGUUACAACCUGUCAACAUUCUGGAUUUCCAUGGCAGAUGCGUUCUACCAGAGCCUCAUCUGUUUCUUUAUCCCUUACCUGACCUACAAAGGCUCUGAUAUCGACAUCUUCACAUUUGGAACACCAGUCAACACCAUCUCCCUCACCACAAUUCUCUUGCACCAGGCAAUGGAAAUGAAGACAUGGACCUUUAUCCAUGGGUUUGUCCUCCUCGGCAGCUUCCUGAUGUAUUUCGUCGUGUCUGCACUGUACAGUGCCUUCUGUGUCACCUGCAACAUAUACUGGGUGAUGGAAAACCAGCUCUCGGACCCCACCUUCUACCUCAUCUGCCUCCUCACACCAGUCGUGGCUCUUCUCCCAAGGUACUUUUUCCUAUCUGUACAAGGGACUUACGGGAAGUCUCUGAUCUCAAAAGCCGCAAAAAUUGACAAACUGCCCGUGGAGAAAAGAAACCAGGAAAUUCAGAGUUGGAGGAGCAAGCAGAGGACCAUCCCGGUAGCUGAGGCACCUCAGCCUGCCCACCACCCAGCACCACCUGCGUCACAGCAGGACUUGAGAACCAGCGCCCCAAAGAGCUCCAGCCCUCCCAAGCGGAAACACAAGGAAGAUUGGAUGCUCCAUGGAAAGAGAGGCAGCAGAGAAUGCCUGGGGGAGGAUCCCAGCUCGAGGGGCCCUUCAGCUAAACUCUCCUCUGGGCAGCACCUCCUGGAGCCCAACAGGGCACUGGCUCCUGAGCCCUUCUCAAGGGGUCAGAAUGAUGCUCCCCGGCCCUUGAACAGAGGCAGCCAUCGCCGGUCCCAGAGCUCACUGACCAUAUGAGAGGCUGCAGCAAUCUGCAUAAACUCAGAAAAGGCCAGUCAAUCACUGACGCAGAUCACCCAGGACCCUCCCUCUUAUAGAGGAAAGAAUUUUCCAGUCAUAUUCUUUUCUCUCUAUCAGACUUGAUUUCCUAAUAGGAAAUACUGGGUCCAAGUAUUUUUUUCUCUAAAAAAGACAAAAAGAAAGAAAGGAAGGAAGAAAAAAAGACUGAAAAACCAGUUGACCUUCAGUUUUUCUUUGGCUGCCAGGCAGCACAUCUUACAAACAGAGUUUUUCUAAGGAGACUGUUUCUGUUGUAUCGAAUUUGUAAAUUUUUUAGCCCAAACACAUUCUCAUAGCUUUCUAGAUAACUAAAGCCAGCAACACAACGGAACUGGCGGUGAGAUUCCCGGAAGUGCAUCAACCCGGGCGGUAUCUCAGGACGUUGCUGCACUUGUCAAACCAUCACUUCACCCUUCAGUGUGGGGAACUCGAGUUUCAGAAGACGCUGUAACAGUAGCUGAGUCAGGCUCGACAGCCAUCCCAUCACAGAGAGUUGGAUCUGCUUUUUGUGUCUCUAAGCCAAAGAAAAACCACAUCACCAUAUGAAAACUAGAUUUGAACCCUAGGCCUCACCAUACAAGGAAUCAUCCAAGAGUGUAUAAGCAUUCUUUCCUUAAAGCUAUUUAUUUAUUUUAAAAUAAAGCUACCCAUCCUCAUUCAGCUCACAGAACGGGAAAAACUCAAAGUUCUGGAGAUGGGAGCACAAACACAGAAUAGAUUCAUAUGAUAAGAGCAACUCAGCCCCAACAAUGACAUCGUAACGGGUAGGGCAACUGUAAAACCCAUACUCCUUUAGCUCAUACAAAAAUACAGUCUCUCCACCUGACGACCCUGGCCAAUGCUUUAGUUACAUUAAGGAAACUCGUAAGAACUCUUAUUUCAUAAGGGAAAAAGAAGGACUACAUAAACUUUGUAUCCUUAUCUUGCCAAAAAUGUAUAAGAGCUCAAAACAGUUUCAAAUAAAAGGAUGACAACAUAUAAAAUUCUAAUGGAGUGUCAAAGAAAGGAGGUCUGUGGUGGGUAGUGGAAAACUAUUCCUAAUCUUUUUAAAUCAGGGAGUUAUCAAACCCUUUUCGCCUUACACUAGUGCCUAUAAGUUGGACAGAAAGUGUGACAAAUAUUUGAGCCUAUGAGUAAUAGCCACCAGCCAUGAAUUUUGCUUCAUUUGAGUAAAGAGACCAGCAAAGAUGCCCAAACUGAGCUCAACAGCCAAGGUGGCCAGUGGCAGGCUGAGCUAGCCAUCUGACUACUCCCUGCAAAAUCCAGAUUUAGCCAUUUGGAACAUCAUGCUAAAGCCCAUAUAUUCUGUCUCCCUCACUGCCUCUGCCAUCUAAUGAUGCCAGCACCAACCAGCAGUGGGGACCCUGUGCAUUCUACCUGAAGACAGAUACAGGGGGAGAGAGAAACAUGCUAGGAAAAGCAGUAAUCACCUUAAUUGUUCCAAGUGAAUAAAUCAGUCAAAACUUGGCCCUCAGGGUCUUCCUUUCCCCAUGUAAUUCCUGCCCGCUACUACUAGAGAGCCAGGUAGGACGUGUUCAAGAACAGAACAGUGACCUCAGGAGAUAUGAAUUUGAGUCUUUGCUCUUGCCCUGUAUUCUCUGAGAUCCAGAAGCCUUGAAGUAGGAUGCCACACAUGCAGAUUAGGUUAGAAUUACCCUACCUCCAAGUGUGACAUACACAUCCAGUUUGAAUUACAUAAAAUCCACUGAUGAGAUUCUGAAUGCAGUAACACUCUGUAAUAACACAAGGUAUUUCUGCUUCAGAAAUAAGGAGAAAAGAGAUGAUGGGGAAGUGUAAAAAUGUUUGCAGCCUCUACCUAAAUGCCAAACUGUACCCAGUGUUCUGAUGCUGCUCAUUUUCUUUCAUAACCAGACAUCCCAUUUUGCCUAGGACCUUUCCAAUUUUACAAAGUUCUACAUCCUGGGAAAUUGGGCCAACUGGUCACCUACUCUUGCCACUCUUUGUAAACCAAACCAACUGUGACCAUCCACUGUGCCAUCUUACUUGGAGGGAAAAGCUGUAACAACUGUUCCUCUAUAACACAAUUCUAAUGAUUGUACUUAGCACAUUUUUAUACAUAUGUGAGCUCUUACUGACUGGAUAUUUUUUAGAAGAAAAAAAUAAACAUGGUUUCCAUAGUUGC